CCGCCGCACUCAGAUUGGUGGAGCCGCUCCACAUUCUGGGUCCCGAGCUCAUCGCUGCUCUUUACCGGUUCCGCUCCUCACCUCCUUGGAGGUGGCUCAGGAUCGGGAUCGCACGGCCACUUGGCCGCCGGACUCAGCAAGGACGGGCAGGACGGCUUCGGCUUCAUCCGGGAGCUCCAGUCCAGGGGCUGGGACAGCUCCCGUCGCUCUUCGUUCCGCCGUACCCUUCUCCACGACAGCGGUCCGGCAUGUUUUCCAGGGCCCAGGUGAGGCGGGUUCUGCAGCGGGUGCCCGGGAAGCAGCGACUCGGCGUCUACAGGUUCCUGCCCUUCUUUUUUGUGCUGGGAGGAACGAUGGAAUGGAUCAUGAUUAAAGUGCGCGUGGGCCAGGAGACCUUCUACGAUGUCUACCGUAGAAAAGCCUCAGAAAGGCAGUAUCAGAGAAGGCUGGAAGAUGCAUCAGAGACUGAACUUCAGCAGUCAAUAAAGUGAAUAUGAAACUUUA